CCCAGAUAAUGUCUUUCGUACAGGUCGAAGCUGAUUUUGUUGUGAUGUUGUGGAAUCGCUGUUGUGUUCAACUCAUCAUCCUUGAGCAGUGAUGUAAUUGUAAUACCAUGUUGUUCACGAUUAUAUGCUGUGAUUACAACUAUCUCUUACUCCCACAUCACGCAUCAUCUGUAACUUGAAAGACGAUAAGAUGGCUCUUCGAACUCUCUCCGCCAAAAGCGCAGCUGCACUUGACCAAGAACUCAUGUCUUCGGGCGCAUUUUCCAUCGAUCAAUUGAUGGAACUCGCUGGUCUUUCUGUUUCACAAGCAGUCUUCAAAUUACAACCCCUCAGCAAAGGCAAGCGCAUCCUUGUAGCAUGUGGUCCUGGCAACAACGGCGGUGAUGGAUUAGUCGCAGCCCGCCAUCUUUUCCACUACGGUUACCAACCUACGAUCUAUUACCCAAAGCAGAGCAAGAAUGAGCUCUAUCAGCGCCUCAAGAAACAACUCGAAGACCUCAAAGUGCCAUUCACAGAAGACUUCACAAGCGCACUCAAACAAACCGACCACAUAGUCGACGCAAUCUUCGGCUUCAGUUUCUCCGGCGAAGUGCGCGAGCCUUUCCCCAAGGUCAUCGAGGCUCUAGCAUCUACUUCUGUCCCUGUUCUCGCGGUCGAUGCACCAUCAUCGUGGGAUAUCGAGAGCGGACCUCAAGAUUCGGGACCCGGCAAGGGCUUCAUGCCACCAGCUCUCAUCAGUUUGACCGCACCAAAGCCUUUGGUUAAGAAGUUCACUGGGAGACAUUUCCUUGGUGGGAGGUUCUUGAGCCCGGAGAUGGCGGAUAAGUAUAAUCUUGAUAUUCCAAAGUAUGAGGGCUUGGAUCAGGUGGUUGAAGUACCGGUUGAGAAUGAAAAGCUGUAGAUAAGGACCAUGAAUGCUUGUAGCUUAGCUUCAUGGAUACAGUACGGUGUCGUUUUGCGCAUCACGAUGCAUGGUCAAGGUGUUUUGGUACCUGCUUGUUGUGACUAGCGUGGUUUCCCCGCAGAGCCGCGGUACGGCUAACAGCGGUCUUGAGAUGU